AUGGCAGUUCCCCACUACGCCUACCUGAAGAUGAAGUUGCUGGGUCCUAAGGGCCUCAUCAUCGUCGUCGGUGACUACUGCAAGUCCCUAGAGUGCGCUCAAGCCGGCGCCAAGCUGGCCGAAUCGCUGGUAAUAGCCGAGGAGCAGCGCCAGCUCGACCGGAUUGUCGCGCUAGCCAAUGAGACGCCAGCUGUGCCGGCUUUGGCCAAGGAGCCGGCUGGCGAGGCUUCGUUCCAGCCGUCCAAGGAGACCAAGAAGGUCAAGCUGAAACCGGAAGACCCUAGUUGCAGCAAGUACGUCAUCGUGGGCACCCGUCUCGACAAUAAAUAG